GACCCGGGAGUGGAUGCCCGGACGGGGCGGAGGCGGGCUGCAGCGGGGCGGGAAAGCGCGCAGGGUUGCCAAUGGCCGGGGCGUCUCAGCCUCCGGUGCGGCUGGCGCUGGACUCGCUGCCGGGGGCGCCGCGAGAGCAGCUGCACCUCCUGCCUUGCGUCGUGCAGCACGACGGCGGCGCUUCGGUCCAGCGCUAUUUCUCGCCGGCCAUCCGCGGACCGCAGGAGCCGCAACCGGGCGAUGAGUCCACUGUGUCUUUCCGUGGCCGGAUGCUAAAAGGGAAACAAGUACUUGUCCCUGAGGGGUACCUGGGACUGGUACUAGAGGAGGAGGAGGAGGCGCCUUACUUGUCACCAGAGGAGCGGAAUGUGCGGGUGAAGUCUACCUUUGAGUCAAUUACUGCAUGGAACCUGGAACGGGCACCGAACGGGAGUGAUGAGAUCCUUAUGGCCUUCAGCUGGCCAAAGAUUGCAGAGGGCAUCCACGCCCCAGUGACUGAUGAGGAAUGAGGUGGACAACCAACUACAAAUACACAGCUGUAGAAGAUACACAGCACUUUAGUUUUGUUCAAAUUGCAGGAGACUGAGGAGCCCAGCACAAAUUGGAUGAGACAGCUACUCAACCCUCCUCAAUCCAGCCUGACAACAGAUGCCUUUUUUGCUCCUUCAGCCCACAUACAGGGUGGACUGUUACGUAGAAUUCAGCUUCCGGUCUCUCUCAGCCUCUCUGCUAGUCUUAAGAAAGCUUUUCUGCUUUGGGCAGGGUAGGGGGCGAAGAUUUUGAAUAGAUGCAACAUCAGGUUGACCUCUUUGGGAGUAAGAGAGUCUGAAUAAGUUUUGUCUGUACUACAGCUAUUUAAAACUAGAGCAACUAACGCUUAUGUUUUCUGCCCCAACAGAAAAUCUACUGCUAACACAUAAUCCUUGUCUUUUCAUGGAAAUACAAUUUCCCAAAAACAGCUAUGAUAGACUGAGUUUUAAAUGACUUGCUAAGUUUGUGGCAUACGCUGACCUGUCUUUGGUUAUGGUCUGAAAUGCUGACUCAAAUGUAUUUUGUAUUAAAUGCAUAUGUAUAAUGUUCUUUCA